CCCCCGCCACAUUGAGUGUUGAGGGGUGUGACAGAGAGGGAGCGAGCCUUCGUGAGAACGGGCUGCUGGCGAAGGGACUGAGCUUUCCCCCAAGACACACCACGAGGCGCGAGGGGGGAAACACAAGGGUUUUAUUACUUUGGGCUGGCAAGGUUCCGUGACGGCAGAGCAUCGGCCGAACACCAAAGGGCAGCGGCUUGUGAGAGAGAAAGUUGAGAAGCUUCCCUGCUGUGUGGCGAUGGGCACUCAUGAGGGAGGGGUUCCCAUGGGCAUGACGGAGGACGUGGGCGACGCUCAGGCAGAGGCGGACAGGCAUGUGUAG